CUAACUCGCUUAUUAGCACACAACAGGGGUAGAUCUCGGAUCUGAGAGCAUUUCAUUUCGCUACAUGCCCCUGCUCUCAUAAGAAUGAACUAUUAUUAGAUUCCAUUGAUUCGAAUGGUCUCUUGCGCUCUCCUGCACCCCGACUCUGUUUGAUCAUUCAAUUUCACUGCAAUUCACUGUCUCCUCCUCAGAUCUGAUCGCUACAAGCUGUGUUAUCAGGAAACAAACAAGAGAUGGAGAAAUCUUGUACUCUGCUUGUUCACUUCGACAAAGGGACACCAGCAAUUGCCAAUGAGAUCAAAGAAGCACUUGAAGGCAAUGAUGUGCCAGCAAAGGUAGAUGCUAUGAAGAAGGCAAUCAGUCUUUUGCUGAAUGGUGAAACACUUCCCCAGCUUUUCAUUACGAUCGUUAGAUAUGUUUUGCCUUCAGAGGACCACACAAUCCAAAAACUGUUGCUUCUGUACUUGGAGAUCAUUGACAAAACUGAUGCCAAAGGUCGGGUGCUGCCUGAAAUGAUCUUGAUAUGCCAAAACUUGAGAAACAACCUUCAGCAUCCAAACGAAUACAUUCGUGGGGUGACAUUGAGGUUUUUGUGCCGCUUGAAUGAAACAGAAAUAGUUGAGCCAUUGAUCCCUUCAGUUCUGCAAAAUCUGGAGCAUCGACAUCCAUUUAUCAGGAGGAAUGCUAUAUUAGCUGUGAUGUCAAUACAUAAGCUUCCCCAGGGUGAGCAACUUUUGGUUGAUGCCCCUGAAAUGAUUGAGAAGGUUCUUUCAACUGAGCAGGACCAAUCUGCUAAGAGGAAUGCGUUUCUCAUGCUUUUCACAUGUGCACAGGAUCGAGCCAUUAAUUAUCUCUUGAGCAAUGUCGAUAGGGUUUCUGAAUGGGGUGAAUCACUUCAGAUGGUUGUGUUGGAGUUGAUUCGAAAGGUGUGCAGAACAAAUCGCGGUGAGAAGGGCAAGUACAUUAAGAUCAUUAUAUCUUUGUUAAAUGCCCCUUCUACUGCAGUUAUUUAUGAAUGUGCUGGGACACUUGUUUCUCUGUCAUCUGCCCCUACUGCUAUUAGAAGUGCUGCUGGAACAUAUUGUCAACUUCUUUUGUCUCAGAGUGAUAACAAUGUGAAGCUUAUUGUGCUUGAUCGGCUGAAUGAACUCAAAGCAUCUCAUAGAGAUAUCAUGGUGGAUCUAAUUAUGGAUGUGCUUAGGGCACUCUCCAGCCCAAAUCUUGACAUUCGGAGGAAGACACUUGAUAUUGUCCUUGAGUUGAUCACGCCACGGAACAUCAAUGAGGUUGUUCUUAUGUUGAAGAAGGAAGUUGUUAAGACUCAGAAUGGAGAACUUGAGAAGAAUGGGGAGUACAGACAAAUGCUUAUUCAAGCUAUUCAUUCUUGUGCUAUUAAGUUCCCAGAAGUUGCCAGCACAGUGGUUCAUCUAUUGAUGGAUUUCCUUGGAGAUAGCAAUGUUGCUUCAGCUAUUGAUGUGGUUGUUUUCGUUCGUGAGAUAAUAGAAACUAAUCCUAAACUAAGGGUUUCCAUAAUAACUAGGCUGUUGGACACUUUCUACCAAAUCCGAGCAGCAAGAGUCUGCUCUUGUGCUCUUUGGAUUAUUGGAGAAUAUUGCCUAUCUCUUUCUGAAGUUGAGAAUGGCAUAGCUACCAUCAAGCAGUGCCUGGGGGAGUUGCCUUUUUAUUCAGUUUCAGAAGAAGGUGAAGCACCAGAUGCUUCAAAGAAGCCUCCACAGGCAAAUUUCAUUACUGUUUCUUCCAGGAGACCAGCAAUUCUUGCUGAUGGGACAUAUGCAACACAGAGUGCUGCUUCAGAAACUGCGUUUUCUCCUCCUACCAUUGUUCAGGGAACACUCUCUUCAGGGAAUUUAAGAUCCCUUCUCCUCACUGGUGAUUUCUUCCUUGGAGCAGUUGUUGCGUGCACUCUGACAAAGCUUGUCCUCCGAUUGGAAGAGGUGCAGCCCUCUAAAGUUGAGGUUAACAAGGCAUCCACACAGGCGCUGCUGGUUAUGGUUUCUAUGCUACAAUUAGGACAAUCAUCAGUUUUAUCCCACCCAAUUGAUAAUGAUUCUUAUGAUAGGAUUCUACUCUGCAUAAGAUUACUAUGCAAUACUGGUGAUGAGAUCAGAAAGAUAUGGUUGCAGUCUUGCCGUCAGAGUUUUGUAAAAAUGCUUUCAGAGAAACAAUUGAGGGAAACCGAGGAAUUAAAAGCAAAAGCUCAGGUUUCUCAUGCACAACCAGAUGAUCUGAUUGAUUUCUACCAUUUGAAGAGCAGGAAGGGUAUGAGUCAGCUGGAGUUGGAAGAUGAAGUUCAAGAUGAUUUGAAACGUGCAACUGGAGAGUUUAUCAAGGAUGGGGAUGACGCAAACAAGCUUAACCGCAUCCUUCAACUCACUGGAUUUAGUGACCCUGUCUAUGCUGAGGCAUAUGUGACAGUUCAUCACUAUGAUAUUGUACUUGAUGUCACAGUUAUCAACCGGACAAAGGAAACUCUUCAGAAUUUGUGCUUGGAGUUAGCAACUAUGGGUGAUCUUAAACUUGUUGAGCGUCCUCAGAAUUACACGCUUGCUCCUGAAUCAAGCAAGCAAAUAAAGGCAAAUAUCAAGGUGUCCUCAACUGAAACUGGUGUAAUUUUUGGGAACAUUGUUUAUGAGACAUCAAAUGUGCUUGAGCGGACAGUUGUUGUCCUUAAUGACAUUCACAUCGAUAUUAUGGACUACAUCUCUCCUGCAGUUUGUACAGAUGCUGCUUUUAGAACAAUGUGGGCAGAGUUUGAAUGGGAAAACAAGGUUGCUGUUAAUACAAUAAUUCAAAAUGAGAAGGAAUUCCUCGACCAUAUUAUCAUGUCGACCAACAUGAAGUGUCUCACUGCACCAUCUGCACUAGAUGGUGAAUGCGGAUUUCUAGCUGCUAACUUGUAUGCGAAAAGUGUUUUCGGUGAGGAUGCUCUGGUAAAUGUAAGCAUUGAGAAACAGGCAGAUGGGAAGCUUAGUGGAUACAUCAGGAUAAGGAGCAAAACCCAGGGAAUUGCUCUGAGUCUGGGGGAUAAGAUUACUCUCAAGCAGAAGGGAGGCAGUUAAUUUCAGACAUGAACAUUAUCAUUUCCAAUCACACUGGUAUUGAUAUCAGUUACUGGCUUGCUUGCUAAUUGCAACAUCAGGCAUCUUUUCAGAUUGGAACCUUUGUAAGUUAAAUAAGGUUUUCCUGAAUCUUUAUCAACUAAUGCAGGUGUUCGAGACUGGAUCAGAAAUAUUGUCUAGCUAUUUUGUUGUUCUCUUUUUGUACCUAGCGAGUAGUGCUGCUAUGCUGGAAGUGGCUAAAUUGCGGAUUUUCAGUUGAACAGGAUUUUUCCCUUGAUUCUUUUUUCUUUAUAGCAUUAAAUUUUAAGCUUACUUUGUAGAUGAGAAUGUUACUGAAGAACAAAUUAUAUAAUUUUUGAGCAUUGCGACUUUUUUUCCCCC